CUUCUACAUCUGGAAAACAAAACCAUCCAUGAAAACCCCCCGAAAGGGAGCAUACGACUCUCACUUUUCUGUUUUUCGAUUUCCGUGUGAAGCAAGCAUCCAUCAAUGGUGGUUUCUUAACCUAACCAACACACAUGUCUUCCGUCGUAGUUCAAUUCCUUCACCUACAAUCCUGAUUUCUUCCAUCAGUGUAUUCAUUAUUAAGGAACACACGAACUUAAUUUCAGUUACCGAAGAUAGACAAUGAGUUAUGAGUUGGUGACUGUGGCACCGACGGCUUUAGUUCCGGCGGCACUGCCGUCGUCUCCACCGCCGACGUCGCUUGCUCCGGGAUUUCGGUUUCAUCCGACUGAUGAGGAACUUGUUAGGUAUUAUUUGAGGCGGAAAGUGUGUGGAAAACCGUUUCGGUUUGAAGCUGUAUCGGAAGUUGACGUGUAUAAAUCUGAACCGUGGGAUCUUGCUGGUUAUUCAAGCCUGAAAACACGAGACCUUGAAUGGUACUUCUUUAGCCCGGUAGAUAGGAAGUAUUGCAAUGGCUCUCGUUUGAACCGGGCUACCGGUAGAGGUUACUGGAAAGCAACUGGAAAAGACCGAACCGUUCGUCAUAAGUCUGAGUUGAUAGGGAUGAAGAAGACAUUGGUGUUUCAUAGUGGGCGGGCCCCAGAUGGCCAGCGUACUAAUUGGGUGAUGCAUGAAUAUAGACUUGUGGAUCAGGAAUUGGUGCGAGCUGGCAUUUCUCAGGAUACGUUCGUGCUAUGCCGAAUUUUUCAGAAGAGUGGUUUAGGGCCGCCUAAUGGUGACCGUUAUGCACCGUUUCUAGAGGAAGAAUGGGAAGAUGUUGCAACUCUUUUUGUUCCUGGUGGUGAGACAGAGGAUGAUAUGACUCCUGGUGAUGAGUUGACUCCGGCUCAAGGAAAUGACAUUGUACAGGAAACUGCUGUGAGCGUGAUCCCAUUAAGAAGCGAGCCUAUGGUGGAUUCACAAACCAUCCCAUUUGUAUGUAAACGAGAACGGUCCGAAGAUUGUGUUGUAGACCAUGGACCCGAGCUAGAAACCAUCUCUCUGUUCCACAAUAAAAAGUUAAAACAAAGUGUUGACCCAAACACCAACGGCAACAAUAGAAACAGUUCAGAAGAUUCGACGACAAGUCAAGAUCCUAGUGCAAUCAUGGAGUUCCCUCUGCUGCAGUCCCUUGAAGCUAAUAAAAGUCAACCAUCUGCAAGUCAACCCUCGUUCCAUGCCUCUACUCUUGAAAAAUCCGUGCCACCUGGAUAUCUAAAGUUUAUAAACAAUUUGGAAAAUGAGAUCCUUAAUGUUUCAAUGGAAAAGGAGACGAUGAAGAUUGAAGUGAUGCGUGCACAGGCGAUGAUCAACAUUCUUCAGUCCCGAGUUGAUGUGUUGACCAAGGAGAACGCUGACUUGAAAAGGCGCGCUUAGGUAAUUUCAUGACGCAUAAUGCAAAUCUAGAAUCUGUAGUUUUUUUGGCUCUUAGAAACACGGGCUGCUAGCUAGGUCUAGUUUGGUUUCUGCACAUGUACCCUGUUUUUAGACAGACGUUAAAAGACUGUCUCGAGUUUGAUUAAAUAAAGGUUAGUAAUAUAUCAAGGUUAUCUUGGUGGUG